CUUGUCGCCUCGUUAGUUCGCUGUCUGCCAUGCGUAACUGAGGGUCGGUGGCUGAUCGAUGCGCAGCGAUAGAUUGGAAAAUAGGAAUUUUAUUGUUGGGAAUGAAAGCUUCAGAAUGUUAGAAUCAAUAAUUCUUGUGCUGGCGGUCUCUCACUUACCUGGCGUGGGUCCAUGUCCAAUACAGCGGCCGUGUGAGCUGACUGUGAACUUCGAGUCUGAGGUUGGGGCUGGAACGCUGGACGUCACAGUGGACCACAAGGCGACCGCUGUCCACUACUCUUUGCGAAAUGGAACUGCGCAUUUCGGAGGCACUCGGGCACUGGAGGACUAUGCUGUGGGCCUCGCUAUCUCCAUAGUAGAAGACAACGACGCAUGCUACUGGAGGAGACUCACAGGGUCCUUCCAGAGCUCUCUCGGGCGUCUCCUCUCCCCCGGGGGUCGAGUCCUACGCGCACCUGGCCCAGUGGACGCUCGGCUGGAACCAACGGAGCCGCUGGGUGACGAAAUAGGAAGGAAGCUCGCCUCCUUUUGCGGAAAUAGGGCGAUCUACAAGCUCGUGGAUGGAGGCUCCUCUGCCCUUGAGACCGUACCCACUUCCUCCCCGGACGCCCUGAGGAGCCGCCUGAAGAGGGACGUCGCCAGCGCUACCUUCACCCGCUGCUUCCUCUUCAUCUUGGUCCCCGUCUGCGCCUCCACCCGCGUCUCCAUCGACACGGGGGCCUCCAGCUGGGUCUUCCGCGACUUCUAG